CUUGAGGCUUUAACACAGUCUGUGUCUUUAACUGUCUGUCAUCAUUCGGUCAGUAUGGAGCUCCGUCAACUUCCUCUUGUGCUCUUGCUGAUUUCAAACAUCCACUCUCAACAAACUGAAGAUAUUCCCAGACCAACCCUGACUGUUGAGCCACAGAGUUCACUGUUCACUGGAGACUCAGUUACUCUGAGAUGUGAGGUGAAUCAGUCAUGGGAUAGAUGGGAGUUUAUCCGGAGUAGAGACUCAAACACUGAAUCUACUGAAGCUGCAACUAAAACAAUCAAUUCAGUGACAGUCUCUGAUGGAGGAGAGUACAGGUGCAGAGCACAAAGAGGAAGACUUUACACAAAUUACAGUGAACCAGUAACAGUGACAAUAAACGAUUUUCCCAAACCAACUCUGACUGUUGAGCCACAGAGUUCACUGUUCACUGGAGACUCAGUUACUCUGAGAUGUGAGGUGAAUCAGUCAUGGGAUGGAUGGGAGUUUAUCCGGAGUAGAGACACAAACACUGAAUCUACUGAAGCUGCAACUAAAACAAUCAAUUCAGUGACAGUCUCUGAUGGAGGAGAGUACAGGUGCAGAGCACAAAGAGGAGGACUUUACACAAAUUACAGUGAACCAGUAACAGUGACAAUAAACGAAAGACCAAAAGCCAAAGUGAGCAUUAAACCUGAUCAACAUGUAUUCAGAGGAGAGACAGUCACUCUCAGAUGUGACAUUGAUGGUGAAGGAGUCUCUAGCUGGAAGUACAGCUGGUAUAAAGCCGGUUCAGACAGUGUUUUCAGUAGAAAACAGGAACACACAUUCAGUUCUGUUACUGAGUCUGACACAGGUAAAUACUCCUGUUAUGGAGCAGAGAGAGGAGGAUCACGAACAUCACACAUCAGUGAUGAAGUUACACUGACAGUAUCAGAUAGACCCAGACCAGUUUUAAGUGUUUCUCCACAGAAGUGGUUGACUGAAGGAGAUCCAGUGACUCUGAUCUGUGAGGUUAAAGACUCCUCUACAGACUGGACAUUCAGCUGGUACACUCUAAAUGUUUCAUCAGGCUACAGAAAACAUAAUUAUCAGUUGCUCUCAGACAGCAGCAGAGGAGCUGGAGGAAACUACAUGGUCAGUUCUGCUGCUCUAAAUCACACAGGAGUUUAUGUGUGCAGCGCAGAGAGAGAAAAACCACCCUAUCUCACAUGGUACAGCAACGAACAACUACUAUGGGUCACUGGUGUUUCUCCUCCAGUCUCUCUGAUCAUCAGUCCCAGCAGAACUCAACACUUCACAUAUGUCUCUCUCUCUCUGAGCUGUGAGGACCAGAGUAACUCUGAUAGAUGGAGAGUGAGAAGAUACACAGACACUUGGGGGCUGGAAGAUUGUUCAUCAUCACACUGGGGAUCACAGACAGGAUCUACAUGUACAAUCAGCUCCACCAUCACAUCACACACUGGAGUGUACUGGUGUCAGUCUGAAUCUGGAGAGAUCAGUCAUCCUGUUAAUAUCACUGUACACCUUGGUGUAAUUAUGGAGAGUCCUGUUCAUCCUGUGACUGAAGGAGAUUCUCUGACUCUACGCUGUUUAUAUCCAUAUACAACUCCACCAAUCCUCAGAGCUGAUUUCUAUAAAGAUGGAUCACUCAUCCAGAAUCAAACUACAGAGAUGAUCAUCUCUACUGUCUCAAAGUCACAUGAGGGUUUCUACUACUGCAAACACCCAGAGAGAGGAGAGUCACCCAAGAGCUGGAUCUCAGUCACAGCUUCCUCCACAACAUCAGAAUCUGAUGGUCUCAAUCCCAUGAUAAUUGGAGUGACUGCAGGACUGAUUUUCACAUUUUUGAUCAUCGUCUUUUUGGUCCUGCUGUGGCGCUACAGAAACAACAAAGGUGUAAGAUCUCAGUCUCCGUCUAGAGUCAGUGAACAGCAGAACAGCAGUCAGACAUCAGAACAGAACCAGAGUCAAGCGGGAUACAACACACUGCUGUCUGGAACUGCUCAUAUUUAUGACUCUGUUGAUGCAACAAUUAAUAAAGACGUCAGCACAGAUAGUGUUAGUGGACCUACUGACGUCACCUACGCUGAGAUUGAAUACAAAUCUACAGAGAAACAGAAGAAAAAUAAAGAAAACAAAGGGAAAACUAGUGAAGUUUCUGACACUGUUUACUCUAAACUGAACCUGGUGACCCAUCAAGGUGCUGGAUCUAGUGAUGUGACGUAUGCUCAGGUUAAAUAAAUGCCCAGAGGAGAAACUUUCAAUCCCAGGACGCUGGUGAAUUUAGGUGGAGAAGAUCUGGAGAAUGAGCAGAUCAUCCAUGCUUUAUUAUCUAUGUGAUACUGAGAAAUUGAUGGCAAUAUCUGUAUUAAAUAUUAGUGAUGCAAUCCUUCAUGUUCUUCAAUAGGUAUGCAUAAGCAAUGAGCUGAUUAUACAUUGCAUAAAACCAGAAAGAGUAGAUUAUAUUUGAAUGCUGCACAGGGUUUAUUUUUAUUGGUUGAUACAAGCAGCAGCUCAUCAUUAGACUGAGAGAGAGAGAGAGAAUAUUCAGCUUAAGGCCUUUUCCCUGAACGUUAAUAAUAAUUCCUUACAUUUAUAUAGCGCUUUUCUAGGCACUCAAAGCGCUUUACAUAGUCUGGGGGUAUCUCCUCAUCCACCACCAUUGACCAAUUUUCCUUUUUUGUUUGUCUUCUUGAUUUAAAAUUUAUUUGUAUCAUGGUAAUAGAAAACCUGGAAAUACCAGGCAAUUUUAAAAUCAUGACUUACUGGUCUGGAUGACUAAAAGUAAGUGUAUAUAAUAUAUACAUGUUUUUCUAUUGUCAGCUGUUAAAUGUUUAAUUGGCUACAAAUAGCUCUUUGCGUGUGCAGUCUUUUGAUUUAAAAAAUAAAUAAAAAACUUAUUCCACAAUCAAACACCAUUGGGGAAAAAUAGCCAUGGAAGUUCAUUAAAUUAGAAAGUUAGGGAAGUCAGUUGUAACUUGUUGUCUUAGGAUAUUUAUGUUUUCAGAAUACAUUUAUAAACUUUUUGUAAUUUUACUGUAAUGUUUAAUAUUCUAAUUUAUAUUUUCAAUACGAUAAAUAGUAACGAAUAUGUAAUAAUAGAAUAAUAGUAACGUGUAAUAUCUGAAAAUGUAUCCUUUCAUUCCAGAUAGGGUGCAGCAUAGGCAUGAUCAAUUUGGCCAUCAUAGAAACAAUGAUAUGCCCAUUAGUUUUUACCAUUAAAUACGAUUGAAUGUAAUUAUAGCAUAAUCAUUUUUCCCUUAUGAUUUUAAAUUCUGGAAAAAUAAAUGGAAAUGUUCUAAUUCCGAAAAAGUUGUGUUAUAAAAGUACAUUGGGGAUGUUGAAUUUUCUAGCUGGUUUUGGAACUAAUCAAACACAAGACAUGUUCAGACAUCCAAAACUUAAUCUCAGAUAGACUGUGUGAGAGAUGGGAAAUAUUCACAUUUUGGCCCGGAUUAGAGUGGAUGUUAAUCUGUGUAUCAUCAGCCUAAAAAUCUUAGUUUGGUUCGAGAGAUCUUAACAACUGCCAAAGAGGAAACAUAUAAAUGCUAAAAGGAAGGGACCAAGUAAGGAGCCCUGAGGGUCACCAGUACUAACAGGACCAUGCUUUGAACACUGAAACAGACUUAAGAGGUCACCCUGUGUUGGUGCACACUCACAACACAGCAGUGGUCUCUUAUAACAACCACGAAGGGGUCUGCGCUCACGCAGUUUGUACAAACUAGUAUGUCAGAUCCUUGUGUUGUCCCAGGGCAAAGGCAAUCUCCUCUCACUGAGAGAAGUUCACAUUCCUGGGCAUCUGAAUAUGGGAGCAGACAUCCUGUUGAGACAGAGGCUGAGGCCCGAGCAAUGGAUGCUUCAUCCAGAGGUCGUGAAGGAGAUAUGGAGAAUUUUUGGCCAAGCUCAGAUGGACCUGUUUGGGACUGUUUUUCUCUCUCUGACUCAUCCAGCUCCAUUGGGGCUAGGUGUCAUGGUACAGACAUGGCUGAGGCUUCGUCUGUACACCUUUCCCCUGAUUGCUUUGCUCCUGGGAGUUCUGAUGCCUGAUUUUCCUGAAUGUUGAUUAUUAAGUGAACAAGUUUUCUUUUUUAUUUUAAAUGUAUUUGUAACAUGGUCAUAGACCAACUGGAAAUGCCAGAUAAUUUUUUUAAUGUCCAGGUCUGGAAAAGUUGUCUAAUUUAUAAAAUGAAUAUGUUUUCUCUAGCUAUGUUCAACUUGCAAAAUGAUUUAAAACUCAUUAUUCGAGAAAAAUCAUGCAAAGCCAAAAUUUAUAAAUUAGAAAGUUAUGGAAUUCUACUGUGGAUUGCUUGUUUGUCUUAGGAUAUUUAUGGUUUCAGAAUACAGUUAUAAGCUCUAUGGACCUUUACAUCAUUACUUGGGAAAGAAAGAUUGUUGAGUGUAAAGCUUUUUUUUUAUUAUUGUUGUGAAAAUUUCAGUUUGCCUUUUGUUUUGAAAUGGUUGGAAGAAGUUGUGUUGUAAAUGUAUAUAGUGAAUGUUGAAUUGUUUAGCUAUUUUAACUUUAAAAUAUUCCAUUGUUAUAAAUACCUCCGUGAGUCUAAUCUUUCCAUUUUAAAACUGCUUCUCUAGUAAUGAAGAACAACUAAAAAAAAAUAAAAAAAAUAAAAGCCAUUCACUAGUCUAAAUGUUCAAAGUCAACAUUUUUGUAAAAUAUUUUUUACAAUUGUAAUUAUAAACUGUAUCUUUACUGUAAUGUCUAUACUUUGUUUAUAUCAUCAAUAAAGCUUAUUUUGGU